CCGCAAAGGCCAUGAAACGGUAAACACGGGAUUAACGCUGGACUCAAUUAUCACGCUUUGACAUGUCAAUUUAGAUAUGAUGACAGUCAGUCACAGCCAGUGUGUUGGUACACAGCCUGAUCAGACAGCAUGGGGCUCAAGCUCGGUGGCCACAAGGGACAGCAGAACCACAGGCUGGUGAUCUUCGCAGCCAUCGUCGUCCUAAUGACACUCCUCAUCCUGUAUGGCUCCAACAACGUCAACGAUGCAGUAUACACUCCUUUCCAUGUGGCUACAAAUUACGCUGUCAAGGCCACGGAUCUAAAGAAGUGGUCUGGGAAAGACGGUUAUGUGCCUUUUCAUGGGAACAAGAGUAUGAACCUACAGUGUCAUAACUGUGCACUGGUGACGAGCUCCAGCCAUGUCCUGGGUAGCCAUGCCGGAGAAGAGAUCGACAGUACGGAGUGCGUGAUUCGUAUGAACGACGCACCCACGCUAGGGUUCGAGACUGACAUAGGAAAAAAGACCUCUCUGAGGGUCAUAGCCCACUCCAGUGUGUUCAGGGUGGUCCGGCGGCCCAAUGAGUUCCUGCAGAGGCCAGACAGCAACCCUAUGAUCAUUUUCUGGGGACCCCCAAACAAAAUUGCGAAGGAGUCCAAAGGAACCUUGUACAGGUUGAUCCAGAGAGUCAGUAUGACCUACAGCAACUUGUCUUGCUUCAGUAUCACAGCCAACAAGAUGCGCAAAUUUGACAGUCUGUUUCAAAGGGAGACGGGACGAGAUAGACAAAAAUCUCACUCGUGGUUGAGCACAGGCUGGUUCACCAUGGUCAUAGCCAUCGAGAUAUGUGAUAACAUCAAAGUAUAUGGGAUGGUUCCACCCAAUCACUGUGGAAAAUCCAAACCGGGGUCCAAGAAGAUGCCCUACCACUACUACAAGCCCAGGGGGCCUGACGAAUGCGUAACGUACAUACAGAACGAAGGCAGCCGAAGAGGGAACCACCAUCGCUUUAUCACAGAGAAACAAGUGUUUGCACGCUGGGCAAAGCAGUACAACAUCACCUUCACUCACCCCAACUGGUGAAAAGACUUUUGUGAAAACCACAAAGGGAUCUCUCUGCACUCACAGAGGCCGAUUGGGAGCUGCGGGCUGACGAACCCAAAUGAGCCUUCAAAAAGCCACAUGAUGAAUAACCGCUAUUUUCAGAAAUCGCCAGGAGGAAGUAAGAGAUUUCGGUAAAAACUAUUAUUAGCGGACCAAAUGACCAAGGAAGACAGUGCAGGAUUGCACUUUAGAGAGGAAAUACUAUAUUGUGUAUAUUCCACAUUGACAUGUGGUGGCGUCUGACAGGUGUUUUUGUAAAUAGCAGAGAAUUUUUACAUGUUUAUAAUAUUUUUGUUAUUAUGUAUUGAAAAUGCACUUCUGUUCUGACAUGUUGAGGGGGGAUUACAUCACCAGACAUAGAUAUAAAUGAGUGGCCUACAAAACACUGUAUUCAAUUAACUUCCCAUGAGCCGCCCAUCACACAGAGAUUAUACCACGCAAUAAUCACUGACCAUCAGCUGACCAAUAAUUUAAUCUAUAUGUACAUUGGAGCCCUAUGAUGCAUUAUUUGAGCACUGUGGUUGGGAGCAGUAAAAGUUACAGAGCUAAAAUCAUAUUUUCUUCACAAUCUUAGCUUGAAUAAUAUAAACAUUGACAUAUUUUGAUUUGAUAUUUUGAAAAACAACUAAAGUCUUAACAUGAGCAAAAAUUGUAUUUAAAUCAGGAAAUAUCCGAUUCAUAAGUAAACACGACUGCCUGCAUACUGUACAUGGUGCUACAGAUACUGUUUGUUGAUUCAACAGCGACUAAUUACACCACUGUUUGUGCGUCAGUUAUUCUUUUUGUACUAACAGGACACAUUCAGACUGCAGAGAUUAUGUGGUACCAAAUGUAUUCUAAAGAUAAUGAUUGCCACAUUAGACAGGCUAAUUAUUUAUACCUUAAUUUGAAGGUAUUAGUUUUUCAUUGUAACAUUUUGCUGCACUAGAUUUUGAUUUGAAUGUUUAUAUGGAAUUUAGACUAUACACAUAAAAAUGUUGCCUCAUGAACUUAAACCUUUUUACCUCAGUGGCAUACCAGCGCAUGCAGCUUUAGUUCAAAUAGUCCACAGAAUGCAUUAUGGUCAUGUUAUGUAUCAGUAUGUUGCUCUUAGGACUGCACGAUUCAAGUGAAAUAGCAAUUUUAAAACUAAACGUGAGGCGGAAACGGGUGCAGUUUCCGAAACGACGUUGCCUUUCGCAAGUAAUGUUAACAUUUUUGUCAGUAUUCAUCUUCAGGAGAGGCACGCAGUGUGCUUGAUUAGUUGUGAUCAGAAACCUGUAUGAUCUAAUUCUUUGAAAUCAAUGCUCAACUAUGAAUACAAGAGACACACACAUCUACUGUGUGUGGAACUU